AUGGCAGCCAACAAGCAGGGAAAGAUGCAAAACCUCAUCAACUACCGGAUGAGAGUUACCUUGAACGAUGGGCGACAGAUGACGGGUCAAAUGCUCGCAUUCGAUAAGCACAUGAACCUAGUCCUCGCCGAUACAGAAGAAUUCCGUCGUGUCAAGCGGAAAGCCAAGUCGGCCCCCGGCAACGCGCCUCUCGUUGAAGCGGAAGAAAAGCGAACUCUCGGCCUAACAAUUGUGCGCGGUACUCAUGUUGUUUCCUGCUCCGUCGAUGGACCUCCUCCAGCCGACCCCUCAGCACGACUUGGAACUGGUGGCCCCAAUGUUCCCAGUGCCGCCGCUACUCUCGCCGCUGGCCCUGGAAUCAGCAAACCCGCUGGACGUGGUCUGCCGGUUGGGCUUGGAGGACCUGCUGCUGGCGUCGGUGGUCCGCCUCCUCCCCCAGGCGGUUUCCCUGGAUUCCCUCCUGGUGGAUUCCCAGGUGGUCCCCCACCGGGCUUCGGUGGACGUGGUGGCCCGGGAGCUGGACCCCCCGGUUUCGCUCCUCCCCCAGGAUUUGGUGCUCCUCCAGCUCCUGGCGGUUUCCAGCCUCCACCUGGCUUCCAACCUCCGGGUCAAGGCCGGGGAUACCCUCCACCAGGUUUUGGAGGGCGGUGA